AUGUUGGAUAAUACAGAAGAUAAAAACGAAUCAGUUUUUUCUAGUGAGCAACAAGGGACACAGUAUCCUAUUAAUGUUUUGCUUUCAGAGUCGGUACCUAAACCUACAUUAAAGAUCAAAAAGAAAGUAAUAACAGAGGAGUAUAAGCUUGCAGGACAAGUACUCGGAAUAGGCAUCAAUGGAAAGGUAUGGGAGAUAUUCCAGAAGAAAAGUGGCAGACACUUUGCUUUAAAGAUGUUGCGUGACAACCCUAAGGGUCGACAGGAAGUGGAGCUUCACUGCAGGGCAUCAAGCUGCCCACACAUUGUAGAAAUUGAGGAUGUUUUUGAGAACUACUACCAAGGCAAAAAGUGCUUGCUUCUCGUCAUGGAGUGUAUGGAAGGGGGAGAACUCUUUCGCCACAUUCAAGAACGUCGUGAUCAAGCAUUCACUGAAAGAGAAGCCUCAGAAAUAAUGAGAAGUAUAGGAGAAGCUGUUGAGUUUCUGCAUGGUAUCAAUAUUGCACACAGAGACCUCAAGCCAGAAAAUUUACUGUAUUCAUCAAAGCAGCCGGAUGCCCAGCUCAAGCUUACAGACUUUGGAUUUGCCAAAGAGACCACAUCCAACAAAUGCUUGACAACCCCAUGCUAUACACCUUAUUUUGUUGCCCCAGAGGUGCUUGGUCCGGAGAAAUAUGACAAGUCAUGUGACAUGUGGUCAUUAGGGGUCAUCAUGUACAUCUUAUUGUGUGGAUAUCCACCAUUUUAUUCAAACCAUGGCUUACCACUGUCACCGGGAAUGAGAAAACGAAUACGGAAUGGUCAAUAUGAAUUUCCAAAUCCUGAGUGGUCGCAUGUCUCAGAGGAAGCAAAACAGCUUAUUCGACAGCUUCUGAAAACAGAUCCUACAGAGAGAAUGACCAUCACAGAAUUCAUGAACCAACCUUGGAUCAGUAAGUCAGUGAAGGUUCCUCUGACACAAUUACACACCAGUCAAGUUCUCACAGAAGAGAGUCAUGUCUGGGAUGAAGUCAAGGAAGAGAUGACUAAUGCCUUAUCAACAAUGAGAGUAGACUACGAACAAAUAAAGAUCAAAGCAAUCGAGGACUCAUCCAAUCCUCUCCUUCUGAAGAGAAGAAAGAAAAUGGCGGCUGCAAUGAAAGAGGCACCGGGACUGAAUCAAACAAGUUUGGCUGUAAAAUUGCCUAGCUCCUGAUC